CCGAGCAGGCCCCGGGCCCGGAGGCUGCGGGCGGCGGAGGCGGCGCUGGGCCCGGCUUGGCGAGGCGGAGGCGGCGGAGGCCGGACGCGAGAUGCCGAGCAAGAAGAAGAAGUACAACGCGCGGUUCCCGCCGGCGCGGAUCAAGAAGAUCAUGCAGACCGACGAGGAGAUCGGGAAGGUGGCAGCGGCCGUACCUGUCAUCAUCUCCCGGGCGCUGGAGCUCUUCUUGGAGUCGCUGCUGAAGAAAGCCUGUCAAGUGACCCAGUCCCGCAACGCCAAGACCAUGACCACGUCCCACCUGAAGCAAUGCAUAGAGCUAGAACAGCAGUUUGACUUCUUGAAGGACCUGGUGGCCACCGUCCCCGACAUGCAGGGCGACGGCGAAGACAACCACAUGGAUGGCGACAAGGGAGCCCGCAGGUGGGGAUCGGGGUUCCCGGGCUGCAGUAGCAGCAGCAGCAGCAGCAGCAGCGGGGACCCCCAGGCACAUGCCCUGAUUGUCCCUCACACCAGGGGCCGGAAGCCCGGGGCCAGUGGCCGCAAGAACGGCGGUGUGGGGAGCAAAGGCAAGGACAAGAAGAUGUCCGGGACAGACUCAGAGCAAGAGGACGAGUCUGAGGACACAGACACAGAAGGAGAGGAGGAAGCACCCCCUGCCCCAGCACAGCCUACACCACCUCCUGCCCACUGUCAGAGUACCCCGACACCCUUCCUGCCCUUCAACUCGACUCUGCCUCUGCCCCCUGCUCCCCCGGGCCCCUCCGCCUCGGGCCCCUCCGCCCCGGAUGCAGAGGACGAAGAGGAUUAUGAUUCCUAGCGCCCGCUGCCCCCCAGAUCGCACCCCCUUUUAGUUGGUUUCAGUCGCUCUGGGGGGAAAAGCGAAAGUAGAACUGUUCUUAAAUUUAUUAAAAAAAUUGACAAAGUGGA